UAAAUUCAGUGCAGGAGAGCACAGCAGCACCCAUCUCAAACCAAAUCAGACCUAGUCAGCCUGCCUCGUCAUUUAUUACAACCCUCUUGGAAUCUCACCAUGGAUAUCCCCAUCCAGUAUCCCUGGUACCGCCGGGCGUUCCCACAUCGAUUUCCUGACCUCUCCAUGGCAGAACCUCUCACUGACUGGCCAAUGAUGUGGCCAUUCUCCUGGUCCUUCCCCUGGAUGCGCCCUUUGUUUAUGCGCUGGUUCAACUGGCCCGACAAUGGACACAGUGAGAUGCGCUUGGAAAAGGAUCGCUAUGUCAUUUAUGUGGAUGUGAAGCAUUUCUCCCCUGAUGAGCUGUCUGUCAGCGUUAGUGAUGAUUUCAUCACAAUACACGGCAAACAUGAAGACAGACAGGAUGACCACGGCUAUGUGUCAAGAGAGUUUCUGAGGAAGUACAGGCUUCCUUCUGGUGUGACAGGUGCCGAGGUCACCUCCAGUCUGUCGUGUGAUGGUGUACUGACAAUCACAGCACCUCGGUCAUCUCCUGGGCCGGAGCGCAAUAUUCCUAUUUCCUGUGAAGAUGGAACACAGAAACAGAAAAUGUAGAGCAGAGCCUGACGCACCAGAUGCUGCUUUACUAUUAACCCUUUAUAUUGUCUGUUAUGUUGGCAGUGCCGUACAUAUAUAUAGAGUAGUCAUACAGUUCUAGAUGUCUAAAACUGCUGUCUAAUAAAACAGUUCCUAACCCCUAA